AUCACGACGAGAAUUAUGCCUACGUUACGUUGAUAAUAAAGAUUAGAGAUAAAAUGCUCGUGAAGGAGGGCAAACUCGUAAUUUCAAAGAAACGGAAAGCGUCAGAACGUGGAGAACAGUGAACCGAGACACAUUCCCGAUUUUUCUAAAGAAACAAAAUAAAACACGUGUUUUUUAUACCAUAAGUAAAGUAGUAGUAUUUAUUAAACUAUUAAUAUAUAGCUUUGUUAUAUUGGAGGUAGGAAGAAGAACUCUGCAACCAAACCAACCAACCCCAAAGCCAAACAAAGUUUUAUAGAGACCUUCCAUUUCUCCCUCUCGUGACAAACGCAAUUUGCAGAGAAGCAACAGCAACAACAAGAAGAAGAAGAAAAAGAUUUGAGAUUACUUUGUAUCGAUUUAGCUAUUCGAGAAACUCUUGCCGUUUGAAAGUUUUAAUUGUUAAAGAUGUCGAGUUCUAUGGAAUGUUCUGAGUUCGUCGGUAGCCGGAGAUUUACUGGGAAGAAGCCUAGCUUCUCACAGACGUGUAGUCGAUUGAGUCAGUAUCUAAAAGAGAACGGUAGCUUUGGAGAUCUGAGCUUAGGAAUGGCAUGCAAGCCUGAUGUCAAUGGAACUUUAGGCAACUCACGUCAGCCGACAACAACCAUGAGUUUAUUCCCUUGUGAAGCUUCUAACAUGGAUUCCAUGGUUCAAGAUGUUAAACCGACGAAUCUGUUUCCUAGGCAACCAAGCUUUUCUUCCUCAUCUUCCUCUCUUCCAAAGGAAGAUGUUUUGAAAAUGACACAGACUACCAGAUCUGUGAAACCAGAGUCUCAAACUGCACCAUUGACUAUAUUCUACGCCGGGCAAGUGAUUGUAUUCAAUGACUUUUCUGCUGAGAAAGCCAAAGAAGUGAUCAACUUGGCGAGCAAAGGCACCGCUAAUAGCUUAGCCAAGAAUCAAACCGAUAUCAGAAGCAACAUCGCUACUAUCGCAAACCAAGUUCCUCAUCCAAGAAAAACCACAACACAAGAGCCAAUCCAAUCCUCCCCAACACCAUUGACAGAACUUCCUAUUGCUAGAAGAGCUUCACUUCACCGGUUCUUGGAGAAGAGAAAGGACAGAGUUACGUCAAAGGCACCAUACCAAUUAUGCGAUCCAGCCAAAGCGUCUUCAAACCCUCAAACCACAGGCAACAUGUCGUGGCUCGGUUUAGCAGCUGAAAUAUGAAUGCUAACCACCCUCAAGCCGUACCAAGAAAUUCUUUUGACGACGUUGCUUCAAGACAAGAUAUAAAAGCUCCUAUCUUCAUGCUUUUUGAUUUAAGAUACAAACUACUCAAUGAUUAGGAAACUUCAUAUAUUUGUAUGUAUUGAUUAGUGAUCAAUUAUUGUUAGUAUUCGUUAUAGUCUGUUUUUCUACUAGUUAUUGUCGCCUGUCUAAAUCCCCUUGCUAUGGGUUAUCUCAAAAUUAGUUUCGUAUGUAACUAAUUUUGUAAGAACAAUAAUUUUUGUUGACGAACCAUACUAUCAAAUACUCUAAAUUAUAUCUUGAUAAAUCUACCUAUCAGGUAAGUAGG